AUGCGUGCCAGCCAUACGGAACCCAUCUCUGCCUCUUCACCCAGUGGUCAGCAAGCAGUAAUCGGCAGUAGCUUACGUCCCGCCUAUAGUUUGACCGAUAGGUGGUUUGACCCCAGUACCAACAAGAAAAAGCGCGGCUCGAAACUGAAUGCACCAUCAUCAGUCAACCGUCUGGCUCUACAGCUCGACCGUCUUGGCGUCCUGGUGCGCAUCUAG